AGGAACAUGAAGUACUUGUAUUCCUUUCUCCCAAACCGACCAAAGAAACCAUCAGAAAUCGACACACUUAAAUCUUCAAAGGAACUGGGAAAAAGUGUUUGCUCUGUCCCAUCCCAGACUCCUCAGCCUACUGUCGUUCCAAAGCCAGUUCAGUCUGUCGUACAUGUCCCAUUGCAACCAGGUUGUCCAGGCCGAGGCAAAAUGGCAAAGCUCCUCAGUCCAGAAGAGAUGACAUCCAGAGAUUAUUACUUUGAUUCCUAUGCGCACUUUGGAAUUCAUGAGGAAAUGUUAAAGGAUGAAGUGCGUACAUUAACUUACAGAAACUCAAUGUAUCACAAUAAGCAUGUUUUUAAAGAUAAGAUUGUCCUUGAUGUUGGAAGUGGCACAGGAAUCCUCUCCAUGUUUGCUGCAAAGGCAGGAGCCAAGAAGGUAUAUGGGAUUGAAUGUUCAAGUAUAUCUGACUACUCUGAAAAAAUUAUCAAGGCCAACCACUUGGACAACAUAAUCACAAUAUUUAAAGGUAAAGUGGAAGAAGUUGAAUUACCUGUGGAUAAAGUAGACAUCAUUAUCAGCGAGUGGAUGGGUUAUUGUCUUUUCUAUGAGUCAAUGUUAAACACAGUCAUCUUCGCACGAGAUAAAUGGCUGAAACCAGGAGGGCUAAUGUUUCCAGACCGAGCUGCUUUGUACGUGGUAGCAAUUGAAGACAGACAAUACAAGGACUUCAAAAUUCACUGGUGGGAGAAUGUGUACGGCUUUGACAUGACCUGUAUUAGGGAUGUUGCCAUGAAGGAGCCUUUGGUGGACAUAGUAGAUCCAAAGCAAGUGGUGACCAAUGCCUGUUUAAUAAAGGAAGUAGAUAUUUAUACAGUGAAGACUGAAGAACUGGCAUUUACUUCAGCAUUCUGCCUCCAAAUUCAGCGUAAUGAUUACAUUCAUGCAUUGGUCACCUACUUUAAUAUUGAAUUUACAAAGUGCCACAAAAAGAUGGGAUUUUCUACAGCUCCUGAUGCUCCCUAUACUCACUGGAAGCAAACUGUCUUCUACUUAGAAGACUAUUUAACUGUGAGACGAGGAGAAGAAAUCUAUGGGACAAUAUCCAUGAAGCCAAACGCAAAAAAUGUGCAACAUUUCAAAACAAAAGAACUCAGAAACCACGGCAUGUAACUCUUAAGACUGCAGGUCUUUUCAAACUGAGCAAUAACUGAAUUCAAACACUGGAUUUAUGGUCUUGCUUACAUUUACAUCUUCUACAGCGCGACCUGGAUUUCACCGUAGACUUGGAUUUUAAAGGACAGCUAUGUGAAGCAUCAGUAUCUAAUGACUACAAAAUGCGCUAGCAAGAAACCUUUCAGAGAGAUGAAACGAAUUCUGUGAAAUCUUGAACUGCUGAACUUCAAGCUAGGAGCAAAUGCUUGCACGAUUACUAUAUUAAAUAUUAGAAUGUUUACUCCAGUGGAAAGUGGUAACACGAUCCCUCCUACAGAUGGUAUAGAAGGUUGGGAUCCCACUGUGAAUGUACAACAUACGGAACUACAGCUUUUGUCAAAUAUAUGGGGAAAACAAAGAACAGAAUUGAGUGUUCUGUUUGACUUCAGGAUGCCAGAAGAUGCAUAUAAAAUUGUACUAUUUAUAAUGAAUUUCUGGUUCUUCCAAGCUUUGCAUGUUACAAGUUGAUUAGGGCAGUUUCUUCAAUAUAGAAGACCACUAAAAGACAUUAUAGCUGGACUUAACGUUCAAUAUAAAUACUAUAUAAUAUAGUAUAAAAUAGUAUAUUAUAAUAUGAUAUAUAUUGUACAUGAGAAAAAUGUUUAUUCGUAAUAGGAACUCAUUUUGUGAUUACUUAAUUUUAAUUAUGCAGUUAUGGAAAGAUGAUAUCACUACUCUAGACAGCGCUACUUUUCAGCUCUAAUUAACUGCUGAAAUUAUAGCUUUGGGAAAUACUCUGAGCAAAAUGUAGGUAAGAGCUGGGAGUUUAUAAAGGAUCAGCAAGUAUCUCUUAGAAUAUCAUCUGGAAACUGGACCAUGAAUUCUAAAAUUCACUUUCAUAACUGGAUGUUUGUUAGAGCUUUAAAGAACAUCAGCUUGCAAAUAUCCUGUGGUGAGUUCCUAUAGGUGGAUUUUGCAUGAGACCUUCUGAAAUCAGGCACGUAGUACUUAAAUGUGAUGAAUGCAAAGUCUCUGAAAUGGUGGGUAAUUCAUGUUUUGUGGCCAUGUAGUUUUUGCCCAUUUGAGUUCUCCGCAAGAUUCUAAAUACAGAAUCAUUUUAAAAACUAGAGUUUUUCUUUCAUUAAUGUUUCAGAUAAGUUUUAAAUUGCAAAUACUAUUCUCAAGGGGUGCAAUGGUAUGCUGGAAUGAGUUAAUGUCUUAAAUAAAUAUAUAUUGCUUCCAAUAUUACUAAGAUGUCUGUAGCUUCCCCAUCCUCUUACACUCCUUGUUUUUCUUACAAAAUCUUAUGCUUAUAGGUAAAUAUUGACUGUAAUUAUUCAUAUGUAUUUUUACUGUAUGAAAGCUGACCAUGGAAUCACAAGUAAUUUGUCAAAAAGUGAAUCAUCAGUUCUAAAUAUGCAUCUUCUAGUCUCUAGUGCAGUGCACUGCAUCAUGUUCCAUCAUAUUUUGGAUGAGAUUAUUUUUUGCCUGAAAAAUCUUUUUAAUCACCUAUAAAUAAAGCUUACGUGAAUAUACAAGCAAACAGUGUUGCUCAACAGUAAGUUUUUUGUAGGUUCUUAUUUUGCCAGUGUAAGUUUGUCAGCUUCUUACUUUCCAGAAUAUAUUUCUAUUGCUUUUCCCUUCAUGAAAACGGUACAGUACCUCCAUUUUAAUGUAAUAUCUAAGAAUUACGGUCUAGGGAUUGUACCACGUGGUAUCUAUGGAGAAUGAAAUUAAACUAUAAUUUAGCAGAAAAAUGCAGUUUGCAGUGCAGUUCCUUGCAGUUCUUUUAAAGCACUUCAUUUCAUAUUCCCAGAAUGAGGGUAAACUACUU